GUAUAGUUGGAAAUAAUAACAUUAUUAGUAAUAUAACUUUAGGAAAUUGUACAGGAAAAGAAAGUUUUGAUGAUGUAGCAAAUUACUUAGCAAAUAUUAGUGUUAAAGAUGGAAAUACUCAUACUUGGAUUGUUGGGUGGGAUAAUGAAGGGUGGAUAUGUCAUAAUCCUAAUUUUUUACAUAAUAGUGAUUAUACCAAUCAAAAUUGUUUCAUGCAAUUAAUUACAAGCUCACCAACAAUUAAUUCAACAACUAAUUCAACAACUCCUUCGACUAUUUCUAGUUCUUCACCUACUUCUAGUUCCUCUACAAAAAUUUCAGUUAUUAUUGGCUGUUUGAUAUGA